GCGAAUUUCUUCCUUCAAGAAAUCAGGAGAACAUUAAGAAGGAGCUCGUCGCGAGGAUGAACAGCUAUGUCGAAUUGCUGGGAGAAUUAGGGAAACAAAAGGGAGCGAAAAGAAUCGUGGUAGAGUAUGGCCGGUGGGUCCCAGUACCACAUAGAAUAAAUCCCAAUUUAGGGUGGGACUUCAGCGAAGAGCUUCUGAAUAGUACUCCGCCGCGAAAAUACUCCCGAAUGAUUUGGCGUCAGGAGUACUACUGGCGGAGAAGUACGGAGGAGUAUUUGGGCAGAGGAUUUUGGGCGACGGCCUCCUUUCGAGACCCUGUUAUGGUGAAAAGAGAGGAUGGAGACUUGGUCGUCAUCGUAGGGGGAGAAUCUAACUGUAUAGAGGAGGAACGAGUUCCCCUGAAGGAUCUGCUGGCCCACUCGCCGCCACGCUUCGGGGCCUAUACACUGAGGGAGGAGUACUUCCUCUCAUACAUUCAGGAAUUCGUCCCCGUAGAAGGAGAAAUGAUUUGCUUCCGAUCACGGUGGCAAUUGGUAAGGACCAAUUGAGGGAUUUAAAUGUUGAAUUUUAUAGAUAUUGUUUUUUUUUACAUUAUUAUCAAUUAAUUAAGGAGUUAAUUUGGUAAAAAAAAAUUUAUACGGUAAGAAGGAUUCCCUUUUUCUUUUACUCCUUUCCUUUUUUUUUUAGUGUUACAAUAUCCCGGUGGAUGAGGCGCUCGAGACAGUGGGACAUCGCUCCCUACCGGAAGGGCGACACAUUCGUCGGGAGCGGAAGAGGGAGGCCCGAUUGCGUCGUCGCGAGCACACUCGCGUGCUUUAAAGUCUUC